AGUUGUAGCCGGCGGCGGCUCUGGCCGAGGGCGGCUGCCCGCCGGGGCACCAGCCGCUCAAGGUUCCGCAGAGGAGCCACUUGUUAGCACCCGAUAGGACUCGUACACCACCCGACCACGACUGCCCGGGCAAGUAGCCUGCGACCGAAUGGUAACGAGACGCAGACUUAUUUAAGACUCUUGAACGUGUCACUUGGCAAGGAUUAAUUAACUAUUUCAUCUCUAAGUUAUGUUGUCUGGGUAUAAAUUAACAACGUAAGUUUAUUCACAGUUAUUUCCGGUCUGCAACAAACACAUGGAAAUGCAGUAGCUAUCUCCCACAAAACUCAGUGAGGUAAAUAUCUCACGGUCCGGUAGUCUCAUUGAUGUGACCACAGCUGUUAUCGACGUCAACGUUAUAGGAGGCAAGUGCCACUGCUAGCAGUGGAUGUACCUGUAUAUAAAGUGUGUCGAGGGGGUGCGUAUAACAUUGCAGUCGUUGUCGUAAUGCAGAAGCGGAGCGAUUUAUCUCACGUAUGAAAGGGCAUGAUCAUUGGCUUCCGGAUCAGUGUCGAAGCAUUUCCGAAACAUCUAAGUUCGUAAACUGUUCGCGAGCAGCCGUUGGCAAAAUGGCGCUAACGGAAACCGGCGCCGAGGCAACUGUUGUUCACUACGGGCCAUAGGUAACAGAGGAGUGUACAGGCGAGUACACGUGCAACUGUCAGCCCGGAUGAACCAUGGGCCUACAACACUGCCCGUUCAGAGAACGUCGCUGAAUGUGUGCCUCCGCAGCUGGUGCCUUGACAAUACAUCCAUGCUGACUGCUGUUCGUCGGCGACGAAUGCUGGAAUCUGUACGCCGUUAUCGCAACUGGACGUCAAGUCGGCGCCGAGCCGAGGGCGGCGGUCAGCGCGUCCUGCCAAGUGCAUGCGGCCCAGCAGCUCGCGAAGGAGGCAUGUGGAGCGCGGUGACGGCGGCGGCUGACGGCUCGGCGCCCGCGUCCCGCGCCAAGCACAGCGCCACGCUGCUGGGCGCCCACGUCUACCUGCUGGGCGGCCGCAACGGCAACCUGCCGCUCAAGGACCUCUGGCGCUACAGCCUCGCAGAGGGCCGGUGGACGCAGCUGAGCCCUCGUGGGGAGUGCCCGCCGUGCCUGCAGGAGCACACGGCCGUGGCGCACCGCGACUCGCUCUACGUCUUCGGCGGCGAGCUGGGCUUCUCAGGGGGCACCGAGACGCCACUCUGGGUCUACCACGUCAAGACGAACACGUGGCGGAAGGUCCGGGCGGCGAAGGGCCAGGCGGCGCCCCGGGGUCGGCGCGGCCACACGGCGCUGGUGCAGCGCGACCACAUGCUCGUCUACGGCGGCUACCGCGACCUGCGCGGCUCCUCGCCCGAGCUCUGGGCCUUCCACUUCGACAGCGAGACGUGGUCGCUGUUGAGCCCCGGCGAGUCGCCGCCGGCGCGCCACAAGCAUUCCGCCGUGCUGCACGACGACGCCAUGUGGGUGUACGGCGGCAUGACGGACCUCAAUGAGCGCGCCGACCUCUGGCGCUGGGACACAGUGUCGCAUGCAUGGAGCCUGGUGCGUGCCAAGCCGGGCCCCGGGCCACUUCACUCACAUGCUGCCUGCCGGCUGCCUUCGUCCAUGCUGCUGUUUGGUGGAGAGCGGGACGGACAUCCCACCAGCGACCUCUGGAGGUUCCACUUUGGAACCGAAACAUGGGAACGACUCACCGUUCUUUCAGGACCUAAACCACAACCAAGGGCAGAGAGUGUUGCUCUGGCAGUGUCUGACCUGCUGCUACUGCCACCUAGUGAUGGCCACCACAACCAUACUCAGCAUACAACCCAGCAGCAGCAGGCUGCACCAGUGACAGCAGCAACAGCAGCAAUGGUGCAUCACCAGCGUGGUGGCUCUGUGGACCGCAGUGUGCGCCACAACCGUGUAGCACCUUCAGAGGCACGCAAAUAUGCCUUCCGGCCUACAACAGUGAGCUAUGCGGCAGCUGACACUAGUGCUGGAGGAGCGGGUAGCUUUCUGCGCGAGAUCUCCAAGCUAUCACAGAUCAACCUUUCACGGCUAAGCCACCACAAAUGCAGCUACAGUGUACUCAGUCAUGAGGACAGCACUGAGAGCCUACUGCUGUCGAGUGCUUCCUCAUCUGCCACUGAUGACCGCCGCACCGCCAUGGUCAAGUCGCAGAGUGCCAAUGUGAUUGCACGCAAAAGUGAACCAGCCAGCAAUGGCUACAGUGACUCACCUGAAAAGGACGACUGCCAAGACACUGCCAUGGAGACCAUAUGUGGAGACUACUUGACUACUGACUACGAUGAGGGCAGAUCCUGCAUCACGUCUUCCUGGGGAAAUGGUGGCAAUGGUGGCUAUUCCAUGACCAGAGAUCCUGUGUCCGUCCCCAACUUUGGUGCGUUGACUGCUAUCCCGACCCCAGCGCUCACACCUGUGGAAGUCACUAAACUUGUCUUCAUUGACCCAGAAGAUGAGUUUGAUGCUGACUGUGUAUCGCCCAAGGAGCCUGCCACGAUUGUUAAACACGUGAAACCGGUGCCGCCAACAGUGGCAACUCCCACAGGUGACUUUCCAAGACUGCACCGCCAGUUCCAGCCACAGACUCCCGAUACAAGUGCCACGCCCACUGCAGUGGAUGGUGCAACAAGGUUUGGUGGCGUCUGUGGUCCAAUACCAAAGUCAGCAUCUGUGCGCUUUAACACAGGGCCCAAUGGGGGCACCACAGAUGAUGAUACAGGUGCUCUGCUGUCAACAUCUGACUAUGCCAGUCUAGAGACUGUGAACCGCAGCAGCUAUAGUGUCUACACCAACCGGCCCAGUCCUGCUGAGGGCCACCACCCAUGCUGUCCCCAGCAGGGAGACUCCCCACCAAGUGAGUAUCCACGUCCGGCCAGUGCCAAGACUGGAAAAGCAAAAACCCCAGUGCAUGAUGGGCCUUUUGGUUUCUGUAAUCCAAACUACCUUGGUCCAGACAUCCAGACAAUACUGGCACAGCGUAAGUCGUGGCACGAUGGAACUGGGAAUGGUUCGGGAACCUCUUAUGCGCGGCUACUCAACAGUCCUCAUGACAGCCUGCUGGAGGAGGCUUCGACAUCACCCUGCUGCCCCGCAGCCACCGCUACUGCCACUGCCACUGCAACCACCACCUCUGCUGCCAGCAGCAGUGGCUUUGAGGCACUGGAGAUGCGCAGCCUGUCACCGCCCCCUGCACUGGCUGCCACAGAGAAGCGCCGACUUCAGGCACCGCGAGCCAGCAGUGCAAGUCGUGCCCAGCAGCAAACCAGUGGCUUCUGUACACCAGAGCCCCAUGUCCCACUCUCAGUCUUUGUGCUUGGAGGCAAGGAGCAAGGCCAGGUUACAGUUUUCAAACGGCCCAUGUCCGUCUGGAGACUGCAUCUCACUCCGGACAUUUUUUGAACAUUGACAUUGUGCUUUCUGCAGUAAUUUCAAAGAAAACCUCACCCUGUGUGUGGAGUCCAAAGAGUCUCUUACACAGCAAGGAGCAUGUUCCAUUAUUACACUGAAUAGCAAGUCUGGGUUUACACUUUAGCUACUGUUUGUUCACAACUUUUUGAACCAGGGCUCUCUAGUUCUACAAUUGGCAAUCUAACAAGGCAUUACCCCUGUCUACCAUGACCUUUACAAAGUAAUUUUCAUACCAUGCCAUGCCAAAUAAGUAAGCACAUGUGUAGGUGUUAACAGUACAUGAUAAAUGAGUGGCUUGGUUCUUCCAUUCUGUCCAUUUGUUCAGGAAUCUGUGAACAAAUUACAGGUAAGAGCACCAAGAGACCUCAAUCGGCAAUUGUGUUUUUGGCAAUCUUGGUCACCAAAAAAAUGUAAAUAAAAAUUUGCAAGUAAAUUUGAAAACAUGGAUGGCAAGCCAACAGCACUGCUGUUAGAAUAGCAUUUGCUUCAUUUUUGAGUAAAAUUGGAGUGUGAUUGUUAAUAUCCCUGAUUGUAACAUCUGAAUAGCUGUGUUUCCCAUCAAUUCAUCCACAAGGUGACACUGCUUUGGUUGUUACCUGCCAUCAUUGUGUGUGUUAGACUACUUAAAAAAAAAAAAGAAAAAGAAAAAAAAAGAAAAGAAAAGAAUAGCUAUCUAACAUGAGUGGUGUAAAGAAUCUAAGUCAUGUACAAAAUAGGAAAUGCACUCUCAAACUAAAAUGGAAGGCACCAUUCAAGUUAAAAAAAUAUGGCAAAUAUAAGUGGGGAGUCCUUAAUAUGUUUGUUUCAAGUAAGUCCCCUAAUUAAUUACAUCUUUUGUAAUGCUGAAAAUUAAUUUUCUAGGAGAACUAAAAUGUGUGAAACUUAUAAAUGUUGACUGUCAAAAACAAAUGAGAGUUUUUUUCUGGGAAAACUGGUUGGACAGGCGCAUUCUGCAAAGACUCUUGUCUAGAAUUGUACUGUGUGUAAAUCCAGCCUACCUAAUAUUUGUAACUGUCAUUGUAAAUUCUCUCCGAAAUGUUUUAUUCUUUCUACUGUUUAAAUAUUUCAUGACAAAUUAAAUACUGUCCAGAUCCUCAAA